CAUCUUUGUCUGCGCCAUGUCGCAGACAUCGUGCGCCAGUCUGCGACACGAUGCGACAUUUUUUUUCCGACGGACCCGAUGUGGAUUCUCCCAAACCCAAAAAAGGGGCGUAACCCGACAUUUCUGAGCUUUCCCACGUAUUUAUAAAGGUUUCCAACCCGAAUUUGUUGAAUUGUUGUGGAUUUUUUCCCGACAACUCAGAGGAGUUGGAAACCAAAACCAACAAAACCCACGUGCGACAAACAGGAUGCGACAUAAUAAUAAAUACCAGAGAAAAAAGCAGUCGGGUAAGAAAGCAACAUAGACUUACAACCCGAUUUUCUAAGUAAAUGAGGGCCAAUGUGUAUUGGUGUAUGUGACUUUUUGCGGACGUGUUUCUGCACACUUUGUUAUUGUCAUUUCCCAUGUUUAUGGCUCCGAGAUAAGAGCAGGUGGAGUGUCGGAUUGUCAAAGCUUGGAACAUACCAUGUCUCUAACUGAAAAGAGGGGGGAAUCUCCUUACGUUGUUAUUCCCUUCCAAUGCAGAAGACCACCGAGAUGUUUUUUUUUCUCAUAGGAAUGAAGGGGGUGGGUCACUUACUCAUUACCAUCUGAAUGAAGCCCUGUAUUUGAACGCGGAGGGGACAGUGUUUUGUUUUGCUAUCCUGUCCCACCCUCUCGGCAUUGGCGUAGGACUGCCCAGCCAGGUGUAUAUACACAGAAGCCUAGGGUUGUAAAUAGCUAGAUCCAGAAGAGCAUCACAACGUCACACACUGUGCAUAGUACCUUAGAGAGUGCCACUCAUUGUCACCUCCUCUGAUGCCUGCAGACUGGGGACAUCAGGAUAUGACCAGGCACCGCGCUGGGAGCUGCCUGUUCUCCAAAAUACCCAGCAAAGUUCCUGUAGGAGUUCACGUUCCCCAUUGAGUGUGCUAGUUCAUCCUCCACUUGCCAUCCGGCAGCCAUGGAGUUUUGGGAACACUCUUGCAAUCUUGCAAACGAGAACGAAUGCAAUGGAAAUCUCAUCUAUGAUAUCGAGGCGGACUCCAUGUCCGUCGACCUGGAAGUCCUAUGUUCUGAGCGCGUGGGCAGAGUGACCAAGACCUAUCGGGACAUAGACGCUGUGACCGGCCUGCUUGAAGAGAAAGAGCGUGAUCUGGAGCUCGCCGCCCGUAUUGGACAAUCUCUUUUGAAGCAGAAUCAGGAAUUGACAGCAAGGAAUGAGUUUCUGGAGGAACAGCUGGAGGCUGCCAAAGAAGAGGUCUUUCAGCUGCGACAUGACAUCUCAAUGCGGGAAGAUCUUCUCCACCUCUAUACCAGCAACGUAGACAGUGAGCCAGUGUCUGCAACGUCUACUCCGUUGCGUAGGAAUCAGUCUUCUUUUUGUCUUCACCAAAGCAUUCAGCUGGAUACCCUGGAACAGAAGCUCAAGACCCUGGAACAUGAGAACCAUAAGAUGCGCAGUCAGGCCGAUCAUAUACUUGAAGCCACCGAUGAGUUUGAGGAGCAGGAGGGGUCCCUGAUGCUGGAAUGUGUCGAACAAUUCUCUGAGGCCAGCAGACAGGUGGCAUUGCUGGCAGAAGAGCUGACACGAAGGGGAGAAGAUGUGGCCCGACAGCAGGAGGAGAUCAGUCAGCUCCUGGCACAGAUAGUAAAUCUACAGCAAAAGUGCCGCAAUACCUCUACAGAGAAUGAAGAACUGCAGCAUCAUCUGGCCGCUGUGAAGGAACGGGACCUUCUUCUAAAAACAGAGCUUCAGGAUCUGCAGGAGAAACAUAAAGAAUGUCAAGACAUGUUACAUGAAGCCCAAGAGGAGCUAAAGAACCUGCGAAACCGAAGCCUGCCCAACAGCACCAUCAGCAGAUACAGCACCCUGAACAUUUACCCCCUGGAUUCCUUAGCUGCGGAGAUCGAAGGAACAAUGAGAAAAGGCAUUGAUGCUUCCUCAGAACUCAAGAGCUACAAGCGAGUGUUUGAGACUGUCAAAGCUGCCAACCAAGUGGUGAGGACCAGAUCUCGUUGCCAGUCCCCUCAGAAUGUACCAGGCUCUCGAGCUCCCUCUCAAAGACCAUCAGCCGCACCGAGUCGUGUUGGUACUCCACCAAUGAGCUUCUGUGAGCUAGAGGGUGCCAGCAUGGUGCUAGAAGAGGAAGAGACCCUACUACCAGUAGAAGACAUUGAAUCUACUAAUGCUGGAGGAAAGAAGCUGGGCACUCCUGGUACACCUGGAGGCCAUGACUUGGCAGCAGCUCUUCAGAGACUCAGCACUCAGCAGCACUCUCACUCUCCCGAGAGUCUCUUUGAACUGAGGGAACAGAAGUUGCAACAACACAAUGAGACAGCUAGUGGGUUCCUCACCCCCAAUGAGAGUGUCCUGUCCACUGGCACCAAUUACUCUGGCAUCUCUGAGGCCAGUGGCAGUUCAAGUUUCUCUUUGGGUUCAAGGUCCUACCUACCGGAGAAGCUGCAGAUAGUGAAACCUAUUGAAGGAUCAGCAACCCUCCUGCACUGGCAAAAGUUGGCUAAACCCAACCUAGGUGGCAUUUUGGAUCACCGGCCCGGUGUGUUAACCAAAGACUUUCAGGAACUGGAUAUUGAUGUUGAAGAGGUCUAUAAUCUCAAUGACUUUGAGGAGGACGACCUGGAGCCCAUAUCGUUUGAAGCCAUUGCUACGUCCACUCCAACCAAAAGCAAACCACAUACCAUGUUCUGUUCCGCUAACUACCUUCCCCAGACUCCGUCUACGUACACCAUUACCACAUGUCGCAUGUCGCACCCUCUGCAGGACAUUACACAGGUCACAUCCAGUCUUCGUACAGUACUUUCCUCGUGUGGAAGCUAUGAGAGCUUAAGCUCCUUAAACCUUGAACCUCCCAAAGAAGCACCAAUAGCAAACUCCGUCCCACCGGUAGAUGACCAACCCAACUCUGGACGCAACACUCCCUUGGGAUUGGUUACCCUCUUAAAAGAGCAUGGUAUAUCUGCCACUGGAGACCCCAACAGCAAAACCUCAACUAAAGCUAAAGUUAAGCCACCUGCACCCACCGCAUACCCUCCUAUCUUCCAGUUGGGUUGGGGUAGAACAUUAAGAGGUCUAGGCUUUGGAAGAUCUCUAGUGGACAGUGCUUCAGUAAAUGAGACGCCAGAUUCAGGUACUACCCAAAAAAGCAUCUUUAGCAUAAACCUGGUGGAACAGUUACGGAGACUUGGCUUGAACCAGGUUGCAGAGAGGGGUAUUAUUUCUUCUCCAAGGACAACGGAAGCCAAAACGCCUCCAUGCUGAUUCCAUACCGAGUGACUGACCAGAAAAGCAAUGGAACAUCGAAGGACAUGACUUUGCACUGACUUGACUAAUAGGGGCUCCAUAUUCUUGCACAUAGCCUUCUUGAGCUUUUUUUUAGUCUACAAUUUGCUAGUAAAAUAUGUUGAAAUAAGAAGGAUGUAAGGGAGAGGCACUUGAUGGUCAUGCAAGCUACCUUCAUAUGUGUCUCUGUACAUAUUACAAGAGAGACAUCUUGUAUCUUACCAGAGAAAAUGGGGAACAUAUAGCUGCCUAUAUUAUAGUCAGGGGCGUAGCUAUAGAGGUAGAAGUCGCACCGGGGCGAAGAUGUGCUUUAAUUGGCAUAUGGGGCCCUGUUUCAGAUUUUGCAUCGGGGCCCAGAAGCUACGCCACUGUUUAUAGUAUUGUAUUACUAUGCACUGGGCCAAUUUGCAAUUUCAGAAUUGCACACAAAUUAUGGUCUACGGGGCCAUCUUGUUUCCUUUUACAGAUCUACAGAACAUCUCAUUGUUCCAUCAUUGGAACAAAUUCAAGAUUUAAUGUUCUUAAUUCCUCAUGUUUUACUGCAGAAUUUAUUUUAGGACUAAAGACGCUAGGCUGGGGUCUUUUUAAUGUAUUUCCACUGCACAUCCGGACCAUAUUUGCUUUUAAAGGGGUUAUCCACCAUAAGGUGAUUUUAUUACUUACCUGCCAGAACUGGGUAUUUCCUGUUGGAUUUUGUUCUCUAAACUACACAUCCCACAGUUCCAUGCCUGAAAGUUUGAGAUCACUUUCCUUCCUCCCACCCAUCAGCCACCCCACCCAUUGAAACACAGUGUUUUCUAACCAGAGGGCCUAUUGCUGUUGCUAAAUUGAAGCAGGACAGGUUCCCUCUGAUCACCUGACUAGUGAUGUCAGGUAUCGACGCACUGCAACCUGGGAAAUCCCGAGACCUGAGUAAUUUUGUAUGCUGUUAAAAAUAAAUAUUGGGGCGAUAAUCACAGAAGAAUUGCAAGACCACCAUCACACACAGGUACAGACACUAUAUUAUGGACUACACUAACUUUACAGCCCCUGUAGCAUAGUCCAAAACAAAAAUACCUGGAAUACCCCUUUAAAGGUACAAGCAAUAGGUCCAUGUUUUGCUGUAUCCUGGUUCCACAGGACAGAGCUUUUUUUUUUUUUUUAUACAAAAAGAAAUGAAAAUAUUACCGGUCACAAAUUCAAAAAAGAACCACUUCGCUCUCUACCUCCAUCUAUCAGUAGGUCUAGGUACUGCACUUGAUAGAACAUAUCGUCUUUGUGUCUGGAUCGGGUUUUAUGUAAUCAAGGUCUGCCACGUAUUCUUUAAAAUGUCUUAAGACUCAUAAGAAAUGGCAGUGCCGGGUUUGCCCUGGUGCACAUGGGCUGGUGGGAACCCCCUAAUUGUGCCGUACCGGCCAAGACUUCAAUGUUAUGACAAUUGAAUAUUCUUCUGCACUGAUUCUAUGUGACUUUAAUAAAUGUAAGGUGUAAGGUGUGUGUCCCUGGUUGCUUUCAUAUCUGUCAAAUAUAUUUAUAUGUUAACCAAAGGGAAAAAUAUCCUACCCCUCCUGUUUGCUUUUAUAGGAAAUGGGGCCAUUUUUUAGCCAGUCUUUCUCCUAAGCUACAUAGUACCCACAUACAAUACUGCACACAGUCCACAUAAUAUCACCAUAUAGUGCCAAAAUACGGUAAUGUAUAGCAAACAUAAUACCACCAUAUAGCACCCAAAAAUGGUUUCCUGCUUCUAUGGAGUCCUUUUCUUGGAGACCACAUUCACAGGAUACCCCAUAAAUGCCCAGUGGUUGCAGGUUUCAACUCUAGGACCCUCACAAAUCUGAUACCCCUGUCUGCCGAGUCCUGAUCGCUCCACGCAUCAUUUAAUUCAGUAAAAAGCUGUCCAUACGCUCUCUAUUGGCAUUUAUGGCAGCACUCGGCUCUUUCUUUAAAU